AAGUUCUCGAGGCCAUAUUGCCAUCGGCGUCGAGAGGCCAAUGGCGUUUGUCAGGGAAAACGGUUGAAAGAUUCAAACGCGAUUCAAGAUCAGCCGGUGCAAACGGUCGGAAUCUUCUCGUCGGCGGCAGCAGCAGCGCUACUGGUAGCGCUUGCGUCAAAGAGGUCGCUGCUUUCCUGCAACGCGCAUGCGUCUUCGGGCGGGACGGGUCGAGACGCGCAGAAAAUAGUCCUCACUCGGUCGACCAGUGGAAGCCGACGAUCGCGCGAGCAAGAAGGAAGGGCGAGAGGGGAAGGAAAGCUUCGUCACGUUUUUUACGUCCUUCGUGCCAAAGAAAUUGACGGUCUUUGCGUCGAUCGAACUCGCCGAUCGAGAGGUAGCGAAACGCUCGUCGUCGUUCGCUGCGAGCCCGUGCAUUCGCGACGAUAGGAAGCGCGAGAGCGAUAUCGAGGAGGCUCGUGGGAUAUCACUACGCCGCACGUUGAGGGGAGAAGCGAGAGCGUCCGAGAGAUAGAGAGAGAGAGAGAGAGAGAGAGAGAGAGAACGCGAAGACAGGGAGCAGAAGAGGGGGGACGUCGUCGGGGCAGUUGAUUCGGUAGUGACUACAUGUGGGUAUCCGCCGGUUGCGAUCAGAAAACGUCUCGCGUUAGGACGAUAUCGUAAAGAGUCUCGUGUCGCGAUUGUGAUAUAUAUCCUGACGAGAGGGUCGAGCGGAAGUUACUAGAAGCCAUGCAGAUGGAUCCAACGACGGUACAAUUGAUCCAGGUCCUCGAGAGGACGGUCUCCUCGGACAAAAAUGAACUGGAAGCGGCGGAAAAUUUUUUGGAACAAGCGGCACUAUCCAAUUUCCAUGAGUUCGUUCAACGGCUCAGCGGAGUACUGGUUACGGCGACAGCCAGUCCGGUGGCUCGUAUGGCAGCUGGGCUGCAAUUGAAGAAUCAACUUACCUCCAAGGAUCUGACGCUGAAGUAUCAGUACCAGCAACGUUGGUUGGCUAUCCCUGCCGACACGAGGGAAUAUAUAAAGAAAAAUAUCUUGGGAGCAUUAGGAACCGAAAACAACAGGCCCAGCUCCGCGGCACAGUGCGUAGCUUACGUCGCUGUUGCCGAAUUGCCGGUCGGUCAAUGGAGCAAUUUAAUUCCUCUAUUAGUAAACAAUGUGGUUAAUCCUAAUAGUACAGAAAUGAUGAAAGAAGCUACCUUAGAGACUAUCGGUUACAUUUGUCAAGAAAUAGAAAGCGAAGUGUUGGUAUCGCAGUCUAAUCAAAUUCUCACAGCGAUUAUUCAUGGCAUGAAAGGUUCCAGUACGUCCAAUCACGUACGACUUGCAGCUACAAGCGCUCUCUACAAUUCCUUAGAAUUUACCAAAGGAAACUUUGAAAUAGAGUCCGAGAGGAAUUUUAUUAUGGAAGUAGUGUGCGAAGCGACACAAUCGACAAACACGCAAGUUAAAGUAGCGGCUUUACAAUGCCUCGUCAAAAUUAUGUCUUUGUAUUAUCAGUAUAUGGAACUUUACAUGGCACCGGCAUUGUUUCCUAUUACUCUGGAGGCUAUGAAGUCGGAUAUCGACGAGGUUGCACUGCAGGGAAUUGAAUUUUGGUCCAACGUGUCGGACGAAGAAGUUGAUUUAGCCUUGGAAGAAGGGGAUGCUUCUGAAGUCGGUCGACCACCGUUGAAAGUUUCGAGGCACUACGCGAAAGGUGCUUUACAAUUUUUAGUACCGGUACUCAUGAAAAAAUUAACGAAACAAGAAGAAUUCGAUGACGAGGACGAUUGGAAUCCUUCGAAAGCCGCAGGUGUAUGCUUGAUGCUGCUUUCCACUUGUUGCGAAGAAGCCAUAGUUCCGUUCGUUCUUCCGUUCGUCAAGGAUAACAUCAAGAGUCACGAUUGGAGAUAUCGAGACGCAGCGGUAAUGGCGUUCGGUUCUAUCCUAGGUGGCGUAGAGCCUACCACUUUGAAACCGUUGGUCGAACAGGCGAUGCCUACGCUCAUCGAGCUGAUGUACGACAGCAGCGUGGUCGUAAGGGACACCGCAGCGUGGACGUUCGGACGUAUUUGCGAGAUCAUUCCAGAAGCCGCCAUUAACGAAACUUAUUUGAAACCUUUGUUGGAAUCUUUGGUAAACGGACUUAAGGCAGAACCUCGGGUCGCUGCGAACGUAUGCUGGGCGUUCACGGGUCUUGCCCAAGCGAGUUACGAGUCGGCCUGCGAGGACGAGAAUCAGCCAGAAACUUACUGCAUGUCGCAAUACUUUGAUUUCAUAAUUCAGAGACUGUUGGAGACUACCGACAGAUCAGACGGGGCUCAAGCGAACUUGAGAUCCGCUGCGUACGAAGCUCUGAUGGAGAUGGUGAAGAAUUCUCCGCGGGAUUGUUACGUCACCGUGCAAAAGACGACGAUGGUCAUUUUGGAACGAUUGCAGCAGGUAUUGCAAAUGGAAACGCAUAUACAAAGCCAUUCGGAUCGAGCCCAGUACAACGAUCUCCAAUCGUUGCUAUGCGCCACCCUGCAGUCCGUCUUACGUAAAGUAACUCCGGAAGACGCGCCACAGAUAUCCGACGUUAUAAUGACCGCUCUAUUGGCGAUGUUCAAUUCGAAUUCUUGCAAAUCCGGAGGCGUCCAAGAGGACGCUCUGAUGGCCGUCUCGACUUUGGUCGAAGUUUUGGGAGAGCGCUUUUUGAAAUAUAUGGACGUAUUCAAGCCUUAUCUCUGUCUCGGCCUGAAGAAUCACGCCGAGUAUCAAGUAUGUUGCGUCGCCGUGGGCCUUACCGGUGAUAUUUGCCGUGCUCUCAAGAGCAAGAUCAUUCCGUAUUGCGACGAGAUAAUGACCCUCCUGUUGGAGAAUUUAGGAAACAACACGGUACAUCGUUCGGUCAAGCCUCAAAUAUUUUCGGUUUUUGGCGACAUCGCCCUGAGCAUCGGUCCGGAAUUCAAAAAGUAUUUAGACAUUGUCUUGCAAACGUUGGUACAGGCCUCGCAGGCGAACGUCGAUAGAUCCGAUUACGACAUGGUCGAUUAUCUUAACGAGUUACGCGAGGGCGUAUUGGAAGCUUACACAGGAAUAGUGCAGGGUUUCCGUGGUGAUUCUACGAACACAUGCCCGGAGGCCGAGAUCGCUUUGGUCGAACCGCACGUGCCGUACAUCAUUCAAUUUAUUACCUUGAUCGCUCAAGAUCGGGAGCAUUCCGACGGUAACAUAUCGGCUGCGCUUGGCCUUAUCGGCGAUCUCGUCACCGUUUUCGGAGCGAAAUUAUUGCCGAUGGUCGACACCGAGCCGCUUAACGAGUUAUUAAUGAAGGGCAAGAAAUCGCGUAACAGCAAAACGAAGACGUUGGCCACUUGGGCCGUUAAGGAGAUUCGAAAGGCUAAGGCCGCUGCUAACAACACUACGUCCAGUUGAUCAGCCCACGGUUGUACUGUCGUGCAAUUUGAUUUGACUAGAACGCUAUCAAACAAUACAAAGACAACAAGAUUGGAUGUUGCGGAUGCGAGUUGAUGGAUGUGCGUGAGUUCCGAAGCGAUGAGGAUGGGGUGAUGAGUCUGCACGUGUCCCUGUCUGGCAACGGUAUGCGAGGGUACCGGCGAGGGUAUACAGGGUCGAACACAGCCCAUAUGCUCGACAGAGACAAAUACCUGUCUGCCGGAUACCGACAAUAGAUGAUUAAAAAAUACGAGUGCAAGUGGAUGAUGCCAAAAUGAGUGAGCCAGGGCCGAGGCCUGCUGAGAUGAUGUUCCCGUGAUGCAAGUAUGCCUGAAAAUCGAGUAUGCGGCUUCUAUCCGCGUGAUUGAGAGCUCCGCGUGAAGUUGAAUCCGAGAGAGAGAGAGAGAGAGAGAGAGAGAGAGAGAGAGAGAACGAGAGAGAGAAUGAGAGCGCGAGAGAAAGAAAGGACGACUUCGAUGGACGAUGUUAGUGGGCGGUGAAAGGAAGAGAGUGCGAGAUGUUGUACGUGAUGAGAUACGAGCGAACCGAGAGCGUGCGCGCGAGCGAGCGAGCGAGCGAGCGAGCGAGCGAGAGAGAGAGAGAGAGAGAAAAGACGUGAAAUGGAAUAUAUGAGGUAUGAGUGUGCGUGCAAGAGAGAGAAAGUAUGAGAGCGACAGUGCGAGAGGCUGUGAGAAUUUUAGUCGAAUUAUGUGUAUCCUUGUUUACGCACGUCGCACGACGUUAUACUAUACCCCUUACUCCUGUGGAUUCUGAUUAAAGUCCCACGGUAAGAAUCGUAUCGCGACUCACGCGAGUAAGAGUAAUGCUCAGGAUGCGAGGCGUGUACUUGUUAUUUUAGUAUGUCUGAAAACUUUGCUGUGAGACCAUGUGAUACAAGGAGUGAAUUAAUCAGCAAGUCUGAACGAGAGCGAGUGUGACGAAGAGAGAACGAGAGACUGAAUUAAACAAAGAAACAAAUAUACAAGAAGAUUCGACAAGCUGGUAACCCCUGAUCCGAUCGUUUUGCGCGCGAAUCCAAUGAUCCGUUGUACGACGAUGUGUAUGUUCAUUUCCCACCCCAACCCCCCCACCCCCCAACCCCGUAUGCGAAUGUCUGUUGCUAUUGAUUCAUUAAAAAUUAAUAUUUUGCUGGCAACAAGUGAUUUAGUUGUAUCGAAGACCUCGUCUAGCCUGAACCGGGAGAAAAAGACGACCGCACUCCAUCUCCGCUUCUGACAUACGUAGUAAAUUACAGAGACAAAUAGAACAAGUUUUUAUGCGAUCAUAAUACGAUCAUUCGCCGAUUCGCAUCGGUUUUUACUUAAUCGAAUAUGUAAAACGAUUAAAAAGAGAAGGGGGUACAUUUUCCACUGCCAUCGAAUCUAUUCUCUUACCGCUUACCAACGUUUAUUUCUAAACGAGAUUUUUCGACUCUUACUUUUUUUUUCUCUCUUUUUUUUUUUUUUUCUUUCAAACGCGAGAGAUAUCUUCGCAACGUUUUCUUCUAUCGUUUAUGUAAUUCGCGAACAACAGUACCAACGACAGCUACUACUACUACAAGAAAUAUCGUCUUCCUGGAUUCGUGGCUCGCAACGAAAGUGGAGAGUACUCGUUCGAUGCAUUGGUAUUAUGAUCGCGUAAAUGCGUAGAGGGUAAUUGACAUAGCCCAGUGUUCUUGCCUCAAGAAUAUGUAAUCCUUUCGACGAAAUAAAAUCGAGUCUACGUUGAAAAUAGCGAUUCGAUUCAGCAUCGUAAUAUCUCGAUCGAUUCUUUCAACGAAAUUGGAAUUUUGAUUUUAGAUGGUGCCUUUAUCCAACUGGGAUAUUUCAAAUACCGAACGAGUUUCGCGAGUCAGAUCGGAACUCUAACGUGUAUUAUCCUCUUUUCCCUCGUUAGAACUUAUUUCUUCCUUGGAAAACUCGUCGAAUCUUUUUCCUCCCCUUUUUUUCUCUUCGGCAAACGUAUUUUCGCGCGAUUAGAGAAGAUUCGAGCGCAGGGUAGGUCGCUCAAAAAGAAGAAAAAAAAAUAAAUAAAAAGCCAAAAGAGAAAAGAAAAAGGGCCAAAUUAACGCGCGAUAAAAUCAACAUUUGAUACGCGACUGUGGUUGUGCCAUGCAUUCCAAAUACUAUUGCCGGUGGAAAACCUUUCCUCUUUUUUCAUAUAUUCUACUUGUUUUGCUCCUGUGAUUUUUGUAAAGUCUGCUUCGUACGUUGCGUAGUAGUACACGUUAGACAUAUCAUGCUUUAAUUUUUUCAAGAAAAGCUAAAGAUAAUCUAAAAAAAAAAAAAGAUAAAA